CACAUCCAAAUUCACAUUGGACGUUUUUCUUGAUACUUUUACAACAACAAUUCAACCGUUUUACACAUUAUCUCUCAACCGGCAAAUAUGUCGUCGCCACUAGCAAAGCCUCAGAUUAUUGCGCAUUUUCAAAAGAGUUUGAACUACACUGUUUUUGACACUAAAUGGAUUCCCUGCAGCGCGAAGUUCGUCUGUAUGGGGAACUUUCCUAGAGGAACCGGAGUAAUGCAAAUAUAUGAAGUGGAGCACGGAGAUGCUCAGCUUAUCAAGGAGGUAGAGAAACCUAAACCCAUAAAGUGUGGAACAUUUGGGGCCACCUCUCUUCAACAAAGACACAUUGCAACGGGAGAUUUUGAAGGAAAUCUCAAUAUAUGGAAUCUGGAGAUGCCUGAAGUGCCAGUGUACACUGUUAAGGCCCACAAAGAGAUAGUGAAUAGUAUUGAUGCUGUUGGUGGCCUGGGGAUUGGUGAUGGUGCACCUGAGAUAGUUACUGGAAGCAGAGACGGAACAGUCAAGGUGUGGGAUCCUAGACAGAAGGAUUCACCUGUAGCCAACAUGGAGCCCAUGGAAGGAGAAACCAAGAGGGAUUGCUGGACUGUUGCAUUUGGUCAUGCCUUCAACGAUCAGGACCGCUGUGUGUGUGCUGGCUACGAUAACGGGGACAUCAAACUCUUUGACCUGCGCAAUAUGUCUCUACGGUGGGAAACCAACAUUAAAAACGGGGUAUGCUGUGUAGAGUUUGACAGGAAAGACAUCAGUAUGAACAAGCUGGUGGCCACCUCACUGGAGGGAAAAUUCCACGUCUUUGACAUGAGGACCCAACACCCCACCAAGGGCUUCGCCUCUGUUUCCGAAAAGGCUAAUAAGUCAACCAUCUGGCAGGUGAGACAUUUGCCUCAAAACAGAGACAUCUUUAUGACUGCGGGGGGUGCAGGCAACUUACAUCUAUGGAAAUACGAUUACCCUGCUCAGAGAAGCGAAAAAGGCUUAGAUGACAUGGAUGUGGGCGUAGCCGGCUCUGUCAGCCUCUUACAGAACGCAACUCUGUCCACUCAGCCGAUCGCCAGCCUGGACUGGAGCCCCGACAAGCAGGGCCUGUGUUUGUGUUCGGGCUUUGACCAGUCUGUCCGCGUGCUCAUUGUCACCAAACUCAACGUGGUUUGAUACAGUAGACCACAACAAAGACUGAUGGUCAAGAUCUGUGCAGCUUAAA